UUGCGUCUUGCGGAGUGCCAGCGUCUUCAAUUGCACGCCAUCCAUCCUCAUUUCGCCACACCCGUUUUCUCUUUGUCUGUCUCCCUCUCUUUCAUUGCAUUGCGCGGCAGGCCCAUUGCCAGCGCGACUUUCGUUUGGCGUGUGUCUAGCAUUGACCUUCGGCUGUCUUGGCCUCUCUCCGUCGUGUCGCAACCCAACCCACCGUCAAAAGGCUGAGGACCUGGGCUCGCGGGAUGCAUGUAUGAUCAUUACUGUUUUGGGCUGAUCCACAGGAUGAACUGAGCCAUGGGGUGCUGUACAUCCAGACCUACAGAGGCCGAAAGUGCUCAAGAUGGGCGCGACAGUGGUCCUCCUCAAGUGCGGCAUCCCUCUCAGGCCAUAACCUCCCAGACUGCCAUCCAUGGCGACUCCAAUCCACGCACGCUUGCACCUCCUUCCGGACUGUCGAUACACCAGAGUACAGACACUUCGAGAUCUGCCCUUUCCACCCCUCGACAUUCGGUCCACAACUCCAGAUCCCGAUCGAACCGUCAGCCCUCUCUCGCCGACCACUACAACAUGCCGCUCCAAACUCCGAAGCCGUGGAAGAGCACCGACCGAUCGUGGACCCGCAGCCAGCUGGAAAGAGAACGAUACGAGUUUUUUGAGACAAGAGUGACGGGCAGACCAGAGAUCUGGAGCGGUCUCAAGCAAGCCUUAGAGUGUUUACGUGAAGGAGACGUCGUAGACGCCCAAGGCAUUUUGGAUGCUCUUUCCGUGACUCUGCCGACCGGAAGACUCGAAGACGGUGCCUACGACGAAAUGGGAAAUUUGUACAGAUUGCCAGAACCCGUCAUAUCCGACCCGGUCAACGUCGUCGAGGACUCGGCCGAUAUGGACAGUCAGACAGUACUUGGGACCAAUGACCAGGACACACUGGCCACAAAGUUGGAAGCCGCGGAAGAAGCCCACGUUGGCGCGAGUAAGGAAGACAACAGUAGCGAAAAAACCAAAGAAGCAAAGGGCAAGGCUGUGGUCGAGAAGGAUGCCCUGAAAGUCAGAUGUCGACUGAGUGAUCGCGGAGGACCCGACGUUGUCGUUAUGUUGGGUCGGGGUCAAAGAGUCGCCGCGCUCGCUCAACGAAUUCGUGAUGAAACAGAGAUUCCAAGCCAAGCUCAUAUCCGAAUCGCAUAUCUUGGGAAGAUCUUGGAUGACAGACGCACUCUCACCGACCAGGGCUGGAAGGAAGGCCAUGUUGUCAAUGCUCUAGUGGUGGGAAAGUUUGCUUGAUUUGUUCUCGAAGACAAGCCUGUUGAGUUGCGGGUUUUGGCGUUAUGGAGUGAACCAUGUCUUGCCAGUGAAUGACGGUUGUGAUAUUCGAUACCCGAGAUGCACAUAAGGGACGAAUGGCGUUAGUGUCUCUAGGGGAACUCGAAAAGCUGAAGGAGUAUUCACGGACUGAAGGUCUCGUUAAUAUGUGGGAACACCACCGAACGUGGACUGACGACUGGAGGGCUUCCGAGGUGUUUAACGGCGACCGAUUGCUUCUUUACACACUAGUCGGGCUACCUCAGCCUUUGCUUCCUCCAAAAUCAAGGACUAAUAAAAGAUGAAAGGCGUUCCUUUCGGGCAACUCUUGGCAGCGUAUGCUUUCUAGGAAACUCAAGCACUUGAUGUCGUGACAUA